CUCGCCGGGUGGCCCGCGCGUAUCCCCGGAGCGCGGUGGCGAAACACGGGCUUGGAACCCGGGGCGGACCUUCGGGAGGAGGUCGCUGCGCCUUUUCGCCUCCCAGCCCCCAGGGUCUUUGGGCCAAAACCUGCUAGCUUUGGAGCUGCGUCCUGAAUCGCGCCUGGGGCCAGAGAAUCGGCCGAGUGUUAGCAGCAGAGCGCUGAGCGGUGUUUGAACCCCAGCGCUGCCAGCGCCAGGCCCAGACCCCAGACGCGCCCGGCCUCGGCCCGGGUUUGGGUCCGCGGCGCAGCCCUGGGGCAGGGGGCGCUGUGGUGUAGACCAACUGCGGGCGUGCCGGAGGCGGCCCCAGCUGGGUGGGAACCUGAACGUGCCUGCUUGGUGUUAGGCUCCUGAGCUCCCAAAGGCCCGGUUCCGGUUCCGUUUACUUCCUUAGCGGCCUUGGUCCUAGCGCGGGGAGGGUUUGCAGGCCCGAACGUGUGGGGCUGCUCUUUGGGUCACCGUGGAAGUGGUGGAAUCCUCUUACUGGGAUUGAGGUGACCUGAAAACCGGCUGCUUCAGGGUGCUGACGGGUACUGGAUCGCGGAUAGGGCGGGGCGCUGCACACCUGUGCGCAGUUUAACCAGUCAGUGAGCAAUGAACUGAAUAUUGGGGUAGGAACCUCCUUCUGUCUCUGUACUGACGGGCAGCUUCAUGUCAGGCAAAUCCUGCAUCCUGAGGCUUCCAAGAAGGGUCAGCCCCAUCUUUUACCUUUACUUAUCUCUGUGGUAUGGAAAAGAGUAUGAAACGAGAAAAAUACUAUCUUACUGUAGAUGUGAUUUCCCUCCCUGGGAAGAAUACUGAGAAGCUGAGAAAAAAUGAAUUCAAGAAAUGUUGCCCUGGUUCACCUGAUAUUGAUAAACUGGACGUUGCAGCAAUGACAGAGUAUUUAAAUUUUGAGAAGAAUAGUUCAGCCUCCCGGUAUGGAGCCUGUCAAGUUGAAGAUAUGGGAAAUAUAAUUUUAGCAAUGAUUUCAGACCGUUAUAAUCACAGGUUUUCAGAUCCAGAAAGAGUAAAUUACAAAUUUGAAAGUGGCACUUGCAGCAAGAUGGAACUUAUUGAUGACAACACGGUAGUCAGGGCGCGAGGUUUGCCAUGGCAGUCUUCGGAUCAAGAUAUUGCAAGAUUCUUCAAAGGACUCAAUAUUGCCAAGGGAGGUGCAGCACUUUGUCUGAAUGCCCAGGGUCGAAGGAACGGAGAAGCUCUUGUUAGAUUUGUGAGUGAGGAGCACAGAGACCUAGCACUCCAGAGGCAUAAACAUCACAUGGGGACCCGGUACAUUGAGGUUUACAAAGCAACAGGUGACGACUUUCUUAAAAUUGCUGGUGGUACAUCCAAUGAGGUAGCCCAAUUUCUCUCCAAGGAAAACCAAGUCAUUGUCCGCAUGCGGGGGCUCCCGUUCACGGCCACAGCUGAUGAAGUGGUGGCCUUCUUUGGACAGCACUGCCCCAUCACCGGGGGGAAGGAAGGCAUCCUCUUUGUUACGUACCCAGAUGGUAGGCCAACAGGGGAUGCUUUUGUCCUCUUUGCUUGUGAGGAAUACGCACAGAACGCAUUGAGGAAGCAUAAGGACUUGUUGGGUAAAAGAUACAUUGAACUCUUCAGGAGCACAGCAGCUGAAGUUCAGCAGGUGCUGAAUCGAUUCUCCUCGGCCCCUCUCAUUCCACUUCCAACCCCUCCCAUUAUUCCAGUACUACCUCAGCAAUUUGUGCCCCCUACAAACAUUAGAGACUGUAUACGCCUUCGAGGUCUUCCCUAUGCAGCCACAAUUGAGGAUAUCCUGGACUUCCUGGGGGAAUUUUCCACUGAUAUUCGAACUCAUGGGGUCCACAUGGUAUUGAAUCACCAGUCUCCUUUUGUUUUUAUUCUUCCCCCACGCGCUCAGGGCCGCCCAUCAGGAGAUGCCUUUAUCCAGAUGAAGUCUGCGGACAGAGCAUUUAUGGCUGCACAGAAGUGUCAUAAAAAAACCAUGAAGGACAGAUAUGUUGAAGUCUUUCAGUGUUCAGCUGAGGAGAUGAACUUUGUGUUAAUGGGGGGCACUUUAAAUCGAAAUGGCUUAUCCCCACCGCCAUGUAAGUUACCAUGCCUGUCUCCUCCCUCCUACACAUUUCCAGCUCCUGCAGCAGUUAUUCCUACUGAAGCUGCCAUUUAUCAGCCCCCUGUGCUCUUGAAUCCACGAGCACUGCAGCCCUCCACAGCAUACUACCCAGCGGGCACCCAGCUCUUCAUGAACUACACAGCGUACUAUCCCAGCCCCCCAGGUUCGCCCAAUAGUCUUGGCUACUUCCCUACAGCUGCUAAUCUUAGCGGUGUCCCUCCACAGCCUGGCACGGUGGUCAGAAUGCAGGGCCUGGCCUACAAUACUGGAGUUAAGGAAAUUCUUAACUUCUUCCAAGGUUACCAGUAUGCAACCGAGGAUGGACUUGUACACACAAAUGACCAGGCCAGGACUCUAUCCAAAGAAUGGGUUUGUAUUUAAGGGCCCCAGCAGUUAGACCAUCCUCAGAAAAGAAGUGUUUGAAAGAUGUAUGAUGAUCCUGAAACCUUCAGACAUAAGACAACUUCUAGAAACUUCAGGAGAAGUUUGUCUACACUCAGGCUGCAGUAUUUUCAGCAAACAUGAUUGGACAGUGGGCCUGUGCCCUAUCUUUCGGUGGAAUGAAAAAUGUGAGCCAGUGAAGCCAAAUUCGUAUUGCAAGCAGCAUGCUUGGCUCCUUGCUGAUUGCAAAUAGGCAUUUAAAAUGUGAAUUUGAGAUGGGGUGUCUCCAUUACUACCAGCUAACGUGGCAUCAUAGAUGUUUCCUAAGUUUUAAGUCUUUGGGGGAAAAUAUACUCCACUAGCAUCUACCAGGAACUUUGUUAUCGAAGUUUCAUUUUUGUGUGCUCACACUCUUUUCUCCCCAUCUCCCUAUCUUGUGCACAAUCACGUGCUCUUCCUAAGUAACUCAAGAAUAAGGUCUUGGAAUACUUAAGUCACAAACUUAGAAAAAGAAGUAAAACUAGUAUUUUCCUAGUCUCUUAGCCAUCACAGUGUCUUACAGUUAAAAGCCACUGAAAACUAUUUUAAAAACACCUUGGAAUAAAUGAGAAGAAAUGGCACACCCACUGCAAAACAUACAUAGUUAAAAAGUUGGAUUUUUUUCUCAGCAGGUAUCAGUUGUAAAUAAGAAUGAACUAGGGGCCAAAAUGCAAAACCAAAAAUGAAGCAGCUACGUGUAGUUAGUAAUUUCUAGUUUGAAUUGUAACUGAAUGUUGUGGCUUCAUAUGUAUUAUUUUAUAUUGUACUUUUCCCAUUAUUGAUGGUUUGGACUUUAAUAAGAAAUUCCAUAGUUUUUAACAUCACAAAAAUGAGACUAUUUGAACAGUGUAUUCUAGAAAGCAAUAUACUAACUAAAGUGAAUGCUUGUAUAUAUUAAGAUAGCCUGAAACCUUUUUUCUCUAAUGCCUUAACUGUCAAAUAAUUAAAACUUUUAAAAGCGUAGGGUUAUAGUCAGCAUGCUAGACUGAGAGGUAAACACUGAUGUGGUGAGAAGAGGUACUGAUGCUGUCAGUGUUUCGCACUAUGUGUUUAGCUGUGUUUAUGCUCCAAAAGUGCAAUAUUAGACACUAGCUAGAUAGUACUGCUGCCUCGUGUAACUCCAAAGGGAAAACAGGAUUUGAUUGAGUGCACGUUUCUUUAAGUUACUCAUUUUGUCCUUAGCUUGGAUGCAAUGCCAUGCAGAUUUAUGUGGCUGCUAUUUUUAUUUACUUUGCAUUACUUUGAUUAACACCUUGAAUGGAGAGCCAAACAUUCUCUCUUCACUGACAGCAAUGGCCCUUUAACUGCAGUAG